AAUGUGAUGUAGAGGGAUUUCCUAACUAAGGGACUUCAGCAAGUGAUUAGGUGGAAAACAUGUGGGGAGCAGGGAGGGCAGGACAGGGGUGACUCUCCCCUGGUGCUUUGACACUUUGAGCUGCACAACCAAGACAGUGUUUGGAUUCAAACCAGAACCAGCGUGGCCAGUAACUGAUCUUGCGAUCUCACAAUCAGCCACAGAAUUCUGCCGUCAUGGUUCCCCUUGGAGACCUGUGAGGAUUCUGCAGGAGGCUCACUUGGCAGCAUUCUAGAUAAGCUGCAGCAUCUUUGAUAAGUUGGCUGUCAGUUUAUCAUCAGCUUAUCAUCUUAGCUGUCAGGAUGGGUGGCUGCUGGUCAUGGGUGAACUGUAGGUCUCGCCCAGAGGCAGAACCAAAGGAUGAAGAUGAAGAUGAAGAGGGGGCACAGACUGGUCAUCCCAGAAAUCCGGCCCAUGUUGCCCCGUGUCCUGGGGGACCCAGGUUGCACCAUGUUCUGGGGGACCCUCUGAGGGAAGAGCCCAAUGAGGCAACCUUGGUGCCAGGACCCCUUCCAGGAUUUCAUGUCCCCACUGACAUUCUGGGGAAAGAGCUCAAUGAGGAAACCUCAAUGCUAGGAUCCCUUCCAGAACCUCACGUCCCCACUGAUAUUCUGGAGGAAGAGCUCAAUGAGGAAAUUUCGGUGCCAAGAUCCCUUCCAGGUCCUUGCAUCACCAAUGACAUUCUGGGGGAAGAGCCCAAUGAGGCAACCUUGGUGCCAGGAUCCCUUCCAAUACUUUGUGUCCCUACUAGCAUUCUGGGGAAAGAGGUCAAUGAGGAAACCUCAAAGCCAGGACCUCUUCCAGGACCUCACAUCACCAAUGGUAUUCUGGGAGAAGAGCUCAACGAGGCAACCUCAGUGCCAGGAUCCCUUUCAGGACCUCUCAUUUCCACUGAUAUUCUCGAGGAAACGCUCAAAGAGGAAACCUCAAUGCCAGGAUCCCUUCUAGGACCUCACAUUACCAAUGACAUUCUGGGGGAAGAGGUCAAUGAGGAAACCUCAGUGCCAGGUCCUUCCAUCCCCACUGGCACUCCAAAGGAAGCAGCUUUUGCGUCAGAGCCCUUACCAGAGCCUUCCAUUGCUGACAAUUAUCUUGAGCAAGAAGUAGAAAUCCUCACAGGAUUACAGCAUGACUAUGUCCAGCGGCAAAUGAGGGUUCGCCGCAUUUCCCAGCAGUUCCCUCGUUCUCUCCGGGCCAUCAACCUGCAAAUCAGACACACACGGACAAGGCUCAUCCGCAGUGAAGUUCGGCUGCAGCGGUGGGGAAAGGAAGGUGACCAAGCUCUGAUGCCUGUAAUUCAGACAGCUUCUCAUGAUGAUCCUGCAGGCCCUGCUGCAUGUCUCCGCCCCCCUGGGUCCGGUUCAUUAUUAUCUUCUGCCUCGCUGGAAGUUGGCUCCAUCCCACCCUCCGCCUCCACCUCUUCUUUCCUCCUGCAUCCCUCUCCCCCUCCUCCUCCUUCCCCACCUCCUCUAGAGCCAGACCUCAGCAAUGUAAAAGAAACUCUGCAGAGUUUGAUGGAUUUGCAGUUCCAUCAGCUGAAUGACCGCCAAAGAGACCUCCGCAGCUGCCAGGAAUGUUUGCAAAACCUCAAGGCACUGAGGGGACAGCUCCGGAGACUGCGGAGCAGACUGGCAAGGGUGGAAGCCACUAUGGGGAUCCUGGUUCCUCCAAGGGAGCUGGAUGUUGAGGAGGAAAAAGAGCAAGACAAAAACCAGACAGUGCUUCAUACAUAGGUAGCAAUAAAAUGCUGCAUAUUUAUUUUAAAAAUAUUAAACAUUUGUUUUCAUAGGAUAGGAUGUAGAGACUAAACAGCAAUAGAACAUGCAUAUUUACUGCUUAAAAAUUAAAAAGUUGAUUUUAAAGAAAAUAAAGUUGUCUUACUUUGAAUAUUCUUUGGGUAGAGUUGGGUAAAAAUGUCUUUGGGUCAAACCCAGCCACAGAAAAGGCUCUAUGGCCAGUCCACUUGGGGCCAAGAGAUGUUCUGAGAGGUUCAAGAGGUAGCUCAAGAUAGACUGCUCCUUGCCAGGAGGCUUAUACAGAGCUUGUCUGCCCCAAUAUG